CAGAGUAGAAUCAAUCGAACAGGACUAAACAUAAAAGGUACUUUCUGCAAUUAACUCCCAAAGAUGCUCCUAUAUCAUCUGCCUCUUCUCUUUGCUAUAGUAUCAACGGCUGAACUGACCACUCUCCUGAAAGGCCGGAAUUUGACCAGUCUGGAAGAACGUCUGUCAAAGACAGAACAACGACUGAACGCCACAGAGCGAGUGCUGGGACAGCUACUGACUGGAAAAACUGAUGUCGAUGUGUCCUCUUUGGAUGUUCUUGCCCUUAGAUCUGGUACCUUGGUCGAACAAUCAGAUCCUGUCAUAUUUUCAGCAUACAAAUCUUCAUAUACAAGCGGUAUCAGUACCCGGGUAACCGUAAGAUUUGACCAGACCUACAUCAAUAUUGGGAACCAUUACCACACAGAAGACGGAAUCUUUAUUGCUCCCAUGACAGGUGUCUAUAUGUUUCAUUGGACCAUAGUCUCAGGAAGCUCUGAUUUUACUACCCAGCUGAUGGUCGGAGGUUCAGCUCGCGCUUCGAGUUAUGUGCCUUACCCAGGAGGAGCAGACUCCGGCUCUGCGAUGGUGAUCAUCAAUGUGAACAAAGAAGACCAUAUCUGGAUACAGAUUUACGGUUCUAGUGAAUAUGUCUAUGGUGGUAGAAAUAGUGAGGGGAGCAUUCAAUCGACAUUCACUGGAAUCCUUUUACGAAAAACAUAAAGUGGUGUGAUCCUUCUCAGGAAAACAUUAACUUGUGAGAUUCUGGAACGUGUACUGCUGUGCAAGAUGGAGAAUGAUAACUAAAAUUAAGAAACACACAAUAUAAAUAAAAAAUCUUUCAGGAUGCCGAAUCGAUUGCCUAUAUUUACAGCGUUGAGAUAGUUAAAAAAUAACGAAUAAUACUCUUAUCUGAAAAUGUUCUUUUGAGAAGUCUUCAUUAAUACUUAAAUCCCCUUCAUCUGCAUUGAGAAAGUUUAUUUUUCAUAUUUAGGAUAUCAAAUUUCAAUUUAAAGUACGAGUUUGUCAUGAGACUAAAGAAACGGUAAUUAAGACAUACAGUAUAUUCAUCCAUUUUGGGAAAGUCUAGGCAAUAAAGUGUCACGUUUUUUUUAAAAAUUUGAUCAUCUUCUUUAUGGUCUGGAAUUGUGAAAAUAUUCCUGAGGAGCUUUAAAGAAUUGGAAAAAGAUAUUUUUGUAGAGACAGAAGACAAGUUGGCAAAUUAAUAAAAAGUAUCAUUUUUGUUCAACGAA